GAACCUCUUGUGUUUAUACUCAGUAAGUGACAUUUAGUUAAAAAUUUAGGGUUUAGGUAUGAUUUUAAAGAAAUGUGUCUACUUUUCCUAUACCAACAAUCAUCUUUUCAUUGAUGCCGUAUUAUAAAAAAAAGAAAAAAAAAUUGCGAUGAACAUGGUCGCAAAGUUUGCUGUAUUUUGCAAACAGAUUUUUACUGUUGUAUAUUAUUUAAUUAUGAAAGAAGAUUUGUUAUUUAUGACCAAAUCUUGAAUACGUUAUGACUUAUGAUGCAGGUUGUGAAUUUUCCAUUAAAAGAAUAUCUACAAACAAUGAUGAAUGCUCAAUAAUUGAAACCGAGAGUCAAAAAAAUAGAAAUGUAAAACUUCAUCAGCAAAGAUCUUUUAGUUUACCAUAUUUAAUCAAUGAUUGGGUUUGUAAGUUGUGUUUAUAUAGAAAUACAUCUUCAUUUGUCUGUUGCAUUUGCGGAUACAUGAAAAUGGCCAUGCCUCAGAUAUUUGUCAAUGAUGAUGAGAUGCAAGACAAACAAACUAAUCUAAAUACAUUACUAGACAAUAAUUGUCAAGAUUGCUCUGUUAAUAAAUCUCCAAAACGCCACAGUCUCUCAGUUUAUGAAAGGGUAAAAUACAAAGUGAGCAGAUCAUUGUCUAACGGAUCAACGAUUCAUAAAAAAUAUACUGAACCCAGAAGACCUAGCAGUCUGUUAGUUGAUAAAGGAAGUAUUGACUUCAAUAUUACUGAUAAAAAUAAAAAUUUUAAUAGUGUUUCUAGGAAUGACAGUGAAACGUGGUCCUGUCAGCGUUGCACUUUAGAUAAUUCAGUUGAUUCCGAAAGGUGUGAUAUUUGUGAAACUCCCAAAAAAAGUUACAUUCCAAUUUCAGGUGCUGAUGCAUCAAAUACUAAUAUGGUCAUUGCUGUACCUAAAUGGGAAAAUCAGUUAGAUAUUCAAAAGAAAAAAGGAGGAAAUGUCAGUUCUCAUACUGAUUUAUGGCAGAAAACUUUGUACAAACGAUGUCAAUCAGAACUAAUUGGAAAUGAGUGGAGCAAUCACGAAUCUGAUGCGAACAAAGUAAAGAUGAGUGAAUCAACUGUUAUCAGAAGUUCAUUUAAUAAUCUUAACCUACAGCUCUCUGCUAACCGAAAUCCUUUCACAUCAUACUCCUACAUUGGUAUUUCAGAACCUAAAACCAAAGACAUAUCUUUUAUGACAAAUCAAGAGUCUAUACAACCUGUUUCUCUUAAUCUUAGUAGUACAUCAAAUAUUAAAAAUCUUUGUGAAAUUUCACGUAUUCAGUCUUCAUUGGAACGAAUGUGGACUUGUAUCAAAUGCUCUUAUGCUUACAACCCAUUAUGGUGUGAUACCUGUGAUAUAUGCUACUCUGCACGUACUCCUCCAUCUCUUACUAAACCAAGCCUUACAACUGUAACAAAAGAUUGUUCAAAUUUUGUUUCUCCAAGAAAUGAGGGUAAUAAUGAUUCUUCUAUUAAUAUGGAUGAUUUAAAGGGGUUGUCUACAAGCAUUGAUUCUGAAUGGUCUUGUAGGAAAUGUACUCUUGUUAAUUUAGCUUCUGAUGUUGCGUGCAUAGCCUGCGGGGGUUCAAAAUUAAAAAGCAUCUCAGUAAAUCCUGAUCUAACUUUAAGAAAAGGGGAAUUUUGGACUUGUCUUCAAUGCACAUUAAAAAACCCACUGACAGCACAAAGUUGCCAGGUUUGUAAGAGCCAGAACAAAUCUAGAGCAUCAGACAUUUCAAUAAAGACAACUUCACCUCGAAGUCCCUCCCAUAAACAUAGUAAACCUAAGUUAUUUCAAGCAGUAGGUGGUGCCAUUCCUAAACAGAAAUCAGUUGUUCGAAGGAAUAGUGCUGGAAGUACUACUAAUAGAAAUUUAAUAAAACCAAAAGUUGUAAGUCUAUUCACAGAUUAUAAAAUCACAGACUAUCCUGUUUCAUUACCUGAAUUAAAAUGGCACUGUGCUCACUGUACUUAUGAAAAUUCUAUUAAUGUGUCAUUAUGUGAUAUGUGUCAAAGCUCUAGAAGUAGCUCCUCCAGAAUCACACACAUUAAUUUUAUAAAUCAAUACACCAAAACUAUUUCAAAAAGUAAACAGGAGAGUGAACUUAGUGAAGAUCUACGGCAAAUAGAGGAAAGAGAGGCUCUUGAUGAAUGGAAUGAAAUUAUUAAGUAUUGUUUAGAGAAUAACGAACAAUUUAUUGAUGAUUCUUUUCCUCCUGCUACCAAGUCACUUUACUACAAUCCAAAUGAAGCAAAAGAUAGUCAUGUAGUUCAAUGGUUGAGGCCUCACCAAAUCAAUACUGAAAGUGAUACAAAGCUGAACUGGGUUGUUUUUCGUACACCGCUCCCAUCAGAUAUUUCUCAAGGUGUUUUAGGAAAUUGUUGGCUGCUUAGUGCUCUUGCAGUUUUGGCAGAAAGAGAAGAUCUUGUUCGAAACGUUAUGGUAACUCGUGAAUAUAGUCCACAAGGUGCUUACCAAGUCAGGCUAUGCAAAGAUGGGUUAUGGGUUACCGUUUUAGUUGAUGAUUUACUACCAUGUGAUAAAAAAGGACAUUUAGUUUAUUCUCAGGCUAAGCGUAAACAGUUAUGGGUUCCUUUGAUUGAGAAAGCUGUUGCGAAAAUUCAUGGAUGUUAUGAAGCUCUUGUGUCUGGUAGAGCCAUUGAAGGUCUUGCAACAUUAACUGGUGCUCCUUGUGAGAGUGUACCCCUUCAACCUAGUUCUAUACCAUCUGAAGACGAGCUCGACAAAGAUUUGAUUUGGGCUCAGUUAUUAAGCUCUAGAUUAGCUAUGUACUUGAUGGGAGCCUCCUGUGGAGGUGGAAAUAUGAAAGUGGAUGAAGAAGAAUAUCAAGAAAAAGGAUUAAGGCCUAGACAUGCCUAUUCAGUCUUAGAUGUACGUGAUUUAAAUGGUAUAAGACUGUUGAGACUUCGUAACCCUUGGGGCCAUUAUUCCUGGAGGGGAGACUGGUCUGAUGAUUCUAGUGUAUGGACUCCUCAAUUGAGAGAGUUACUAAUGCCACAUGGAGCUUCAGAUGGUGUUUUCUGGAUAUCUUUUGAUGAUGUUUUAAAAUACUUUGAUUGUAUUGAUAUAUGUAAAGUACAGAGCAAUGGUUGGAAUGAAGUACGAUUACAAGGAACAUUACCACCUCUUUCCUCGGAACAACAUAUUUCUUGUAUUCUGUUGACAGUUCUAGAACCAACAGAAGCAGAGUUUUCCCUUUUCCAAGAAGGUCAACGGAAUUCAGAGAAAUCCCAAAGAUCUCAACUUGAUCUUUGUGUGGUUAUUUUCCGAACUAGAAAUAUUGCUGCACCCAGUGUUGGAAGAUUAGUAGAACACAGCAAAAGACAAGUUAGGGGAUUUGUUGGUUGCCAUAAAAUGUUAGAAAGUGAUUUGUAUAUAGUUGUGUGCUUUGCUUUUAAUCACUGGCAUACUGGUAUUGAAGAUCCUGUAAAUUAUCCUGAAUAUGUAUUAGCCAUACACAGCUCAAAAAAGUUAAUUGUUGAACAGCUUUUACCACCUGCUUACAUUUUAGCUGAUUCCAUUAUUAGUCUCACUUUAGCUAAAGGUCAACGUCAUGAGGGCCGUGAAGGAAUGACAGCUUAUUAUUUGACUAAAGGUUGGGCUGGACUUGUGGUUAUGGUUGAAAAUAGGCAUGAAAACAAAUGGAUUCACGUAAAAUGUGAUUGUCAAGAAAGUUAUAAUGUAGUUUCCACACGUGGAGAAUUGCGGACAGUUGAUUCAGUACCUCCACUUCAUAGACAAGUCAUCAUAGUUUUGACACAAUUGGAAGGCAGUGGUGGAUUUUCAAUCGCUCAUAGGUUAACUCACAGAUUAGCUAACUCAAGUGGUUUACAUGAUUGGGGUCCACAAGGAAGCUGUCACUUUCCUGCUGUGGACAAACAAGUUGAAGGAUUACAUUCUCCAAGACUAAUUACUUAAAUCUGUUAAUGUUAUUACUUUUUAAUAAAUGGGUGUCCUCAAAAAAUGACCCUUUUUCUGUUAAAAACUAUAGUAUGUUUAUCAAACAAUAAUAUAAAAUAAAGUAUAGAUCUAAUUGUAAUAAAAUUAGAAUAAAAAAUGUUUGACCAUAUAUUGUAAAUUCAGGGUAUUUUUUUUUUUUUUUUAUAGCUUCUUCCAGUUGAUUUCAUUUAGUUUAUUUUUUAUGACAUUUUAACCAACAUUGUAGGUUAUCUUCAAGAACUAAAAGGUAAUGAGGGAGAAAGGAGUAACUAUGUAAAAAUAGACAAGAUAAUACUAGCUAUACAGAUAAUGUGAAACUUUGUUUUUAAGGACAUACUUCUUUCAUUAAACUUCUCAGUGGGAAUUAAUUAAUUAAUUAAUAUAAUGAUAUAAUCUAAAGUCUUUGAUAAAAUAUAUUUUUUCCCAAGAGUUUUAUUUCUUUUUUAUGUUUUGUUAUUUAUGAAAACAAUUAGGAUUAAACAAUUUGUAUGCUGUUAAUAUAUAUGAAACCAUGAUGGAAAUGGUUGGUUUUUAUAGGACACCCCAUAAGCUGAUUUUUGUCAAGAUAAUAAAACUAGUUUUUCAUAAAGCAGUGCACUCUCUCCAAUCCAGCAGAAAAUUUUAUAAUAAAACUUUUUGAUACUUUAAUUGAUAAUUUCUCUUCUAUAGUAAGAUGCCAAGACAUGGCCAACUAAUUACUAAACAUUUCUAUCAGCAGCUAUUUCUUUCUGGCCUUGUUCCACACAUGUUAUGUAAUGCUGCCAUAAGUGAUUCUUCUAUCAUUAAGCUGCUUGCUUUCUGUGGAGAUGCUGAAAAUAUGCAGUGCUGGAUUAUGGAGGAAUUAAUGGUUUCAAUGCCAUUUUAAUAAUUUUCAAUGCAAUUGGUUGGCUGUUCUCCUAAAUGGAUUGCAACAAGUGAGUUCUUAAAGCACAGGGAUUGAAUUUUCCAUCUGGAUUAAGAAUCUCUUAUCAUUUUCCCUUACAAUACACUGAUGUUGAGAAUUUAUUAGACUUGAAUUUUGCUCUCAAUCCUGG